AAGUUUUACUUUCUCUAACUUAAAAAAAAAAAAAAGUGAUAUUUGUUGACGUAUGGAACGAUUAAUGGUGGCAGAAGCGAAUGGCACUGCAGUUCAACUUUGUAUCAACAACAAACAUCUGAGUGUGGUUCACCAACACAUUUCCUGUUGCUUUAACGAAAAAAAAGGCAGUUGUCAGAGAGCGACAGGAAAGCUGCUGUCCUGAGCGCAGCAGAUCUAUGAGUCAACUGAGACACCCAGUCUCUACAUGUGCUACAUGUGCAGUUCAAUGGAAAAUGUGGCUGUUCAAGGUCUUCGGUGUAAUAUAUAUGGUCGCUGUGUGUGCUUCUGAGGAUAACGAUGCAACCACCUACAGUUAUUCAGAUAGCAAAUCAACAGCACCUCCUCCUUUUGUGCCUCCGGUACCAGUUCUGGAGCAAACUCCCUCCUCGUCAGACUUCUUCUCUUCUGAGAAAGUAGUGCUAGAAUGUAAAGCCACUAGCAGCUCGGAGCUGAUCUUCACAUGGAAGAAAAAUGGAAGCCCUCUAGGUUCCGGUCCAGAUUUAUCUCAGUACCCAGAUAAGUCAGUGCUUACAAUCACAUCAGCAUCACCACAAGAUUCUGGAAAUUACACCUGUGUAGUUGAGGGCAAAAAGAAGCCUAGUCAAACUAAAGAAAGUGGACCUGUCAACAUUCAAGUGAAUGAGAUUCCAGUUCCAACUAUAACAGAAACACCCAAGUGGGCACAUGUGUUCCCCACCGAGAGUGUGAAGUUCAAGUGUGGGAUUGGGCCGGACAGCCAUAACUGGAUAUAUACAUGGUACAGAGAUGGGACGCAGGUCAAUGCUGAUGGUACUGUGUCUUUUAAUACGAAUGGAGCUGGUCUUUCCAUCAGCUCUGCUUCAGCUGGUCAUACAGGAAAAUAUAACUGUAGUGGAAAAAUCCAGAACAGAGCUGUCACCAGCCAAACCAGUUCUGAAGUUUCUCUCACAGUGUAUGCUGAGAAACCCACUCUCACACUGACACGAGAUCCAGACUACGAUGUGAUGUUUGCUGGAGAAGCGGUCAACUUCAGCUGUGCCAUCAGUGUCCAAUCUGAGUGGACGUACCUGUGGUACAAAGAUGGCAGUGAGGUUACUGGAUCAUCAGACAAACUUGUAGUUCAAAUUCGUGGAACAGCAGAUGGGGGAUCGUAUACAUGCAAUGCAACAAGAGGUCAAAAUCCAACCUUCAUCACUGAUUCAAGUGUGCCUAAACAACUUAAAGUACAAGAAAACAAGCCUAAGCCCUCAAUGACUCAACAGCCAGAUGCUAAAAAGCUUUACGUAGGAGAAAACGUGUCCUUUGAAUGCAAAGUUGAAAACUCAGAUGGCUGGAGCUAUGACUGGUACAAAGAUGGAGCAUCAAUUCUCACCAACAGCAACAGUCUAAAAAUGGAAAGACUCGAUUUGUCAAAAGAGGGAGUUUAUAAGUGCAAGGCCAAAAGAGACAAAACAGGAUUCAACACAGAAUUCAGUGACCAGCGGACCUUACAAAUCUCUGAAAUUCCUGUUCCAACUUUGAAACUAGUAACCAAAUGGCCAGAUGUGUUCCCCACUGAGAAUGUAAAUAUGAGAUGUGAGAUGCAGACGGACAGCGCUGACUGGACAUACGCGUUUUACAGAGAUGGAACUAAGGUCCAGGAUUAUAAUUCAGCAACGGACACGAGAAGUCUUUCCAUCACCUCUGCUUCAGCCUCAGACAGGGGAAACUACAGCUGCUCAGGAAAACUGAAGAUCAGGGAUGUCUACAGCAUCACAAGUUCUCCACUAAAACUUAAUGUCUAUGCUCAGAAACCCACUCUCACACUGACACGAGAUCCAGAAUACGAUGUGAUGUUUGCUGGAGAAGCGGUCACCUUUAGCUGUGCCAUCAGUGUCCCAUCUGAAUGGAAGUACCUGUGGUACAAAGAUAACAGUCAGGUUACUGGAUCAUCAGACAAACUCACAGUUCAAAUUAAUGGAACAGCAGACGAAGGCUCAUAUACAUGCAAAGCAACAAGAGGUCAAAAUCCAGCCUUCAUCACUGAUUCAAGUGGAGCUAAACAGCUUAAAGUGCAAGCUCAGAAACCCACUCUCACACUGACACGAGAUCCAGAAUACAAUGUGAUGUUUGCUGGUGAAGCGGUCACCUUUAGCUGUGCCAUCAGUGUCCAAUCUGAAUGGACGUACCUGUGGUACAAAGAUGGUAAUCAGAUUACUGAAUCAUCAGACAAACUUGUAGUUCAAAUUCGUGGAACAGCAGAUGGGGGAUCAUAUACAUGCAAAGCAACAAGAGGUCAAAAUCCAACCUUCAUCACUGAUUUAAGUGGAGCUAAACAGCUUAAAGUGCAAGCUGAGAAACCCACUCUCACACUGACACGAGAUCCAAACUAUGAUGUGAUGUUUGCUGGAGAAUCGGUCAACUUCAGCUGUGCCAUCAGUGUCCAUUCUGAGUGGAAGUACCUGUGGUACAAAGAUGGCAGUCAGGUUACUGGAUCAUCAGACAAACUCACAGUUCAAAUUAAUGGAACAGCAGAUGGAGGCUCAUAUACAUGCAAAGCAACAAGAGGUCAAAAUCCAGCCUUCAUCACUGAUUUAAGUGCAGCUAAACAGCUUAAAGUGCAAGGUAAGUUUCUAUUGAUUCUUCUUCAAAAUAUUUAUUUGUUGUCUAGCAGGUUUGUUCCUGCUUUUAUUUCAGAAUCUUUUUCAUGAACACUUCACUUGCUUGUGAG